AUGUCUGGACGCGGCAAACAAGGAGGGAAGGUUCGGGCUAAGGCAAAGACCCGCUCAUCCCGGGCAGGACUCCAGUUCCCUGUCGGUCGUGUGCACAGGCUUCUCCGCAAAGGGAACUACGCCGAGAGGGUGGGCGCCGGUGCUCCGGUCUACCUGGCCGCUGUGCUGGAGUAUUUAACCGCUGAGAUCCUGGAAUUGGCCGGUAACGCCGCCCGGGACAACAAGAAGACCCGCAUCAUCCCCCGUCACCUGCAGCUGGCCGUGCGCAAUGACGAGGAGCUGAACAAGCUGCUGGGUGGGGUGACCAUCGCCCAGGGAGGCGUCCUGCCCAACAUCCAGGCCGUGCUGCUGCCCAAGAAGACCGAGAGCAGCAAAGCGGCCAAGAGCAAGUGA